AUGGAAAACUUGGACACUGAAGCAAAUGAAUUAAACUUGGAUGACGAUAUUUCGACAUAUACUCCUCAAGUAUCAGAUGAGUUGAGGCCAAAAAAAGGGCAAGAAUUUAACACAAUAGAUGAUGUUGUAACAUUCUACAAUGCUUAUGCUAAAGCAGCUGGGUUUAGUGUAAGGGCUUGGACUACUCAAAAAGAGCCGGGAAGUGGUGAAAUAAGAAGGAAGGAGUAUGUUUGUUUUAAACAAGGAAAAUCUUCAAGAAUCGCGGAUGUUGGAAAUAAAAGACGUCGAGGAAGCGUAGCUGAAGAUUGUCAUGCCAAAAUUGCAGUUUUAAAAUUAAUCUCUGGAAAAUACAUUGUUACUAUUUUUAAAGAGGAGCAUAGUCAUCCGCUAUCAACACCAUCAAAGCAUCAACAAUUCAGUUUUCUUGGAGUACAAUCUGGAGGUAUAGAAAAUAUUGGGUGCACUCAAAGAGAUUUAUAUAAUCAUGAAAGGGAUAUACGGGCUGACUCGAAGGGGCAUGAUGGUCAAAUGUUUUAUGAGUAUUUAAAACUGGAACAAGGAAAGAAUCCCGGAUUUACUUUUCAAAUUGAGGCCGAUGAGGAACAAAAGAUUACUCGUUGUUUUUGGUCCGAUGCAAGUUCAAGGCGGGCUUACAAUUUCUUCGGUGAUGUUGUAAUCUUUGAUACUACAUAUAAUACUAAUCGCUAUGGCCUGAUAUUUGCACCAAUAAUGGGGGUUAACAAUCAUGGUCAAACAGUUGUUUUUGCUUGUGGAUUUUUGAAUCAUGAGAGCGUUGAUGAUUUUGUAUGGUUAUUUAAUAAAUUUUUGGAAAGUAUGCCUCGUGGUGCCCCGAAGAUGAUUAUUACUGAUCAAGACCCAACUAUGACAAAGGCAUUCCCUCAUGUUCUUCCAAAUACUUUUCACAGGAGCAAAUGCAAAGUCUGCGAAAUCGUUUACGACAAGCAGUUGGAUUUGGUUUCUUGUAGUUGUAAAAAGUUUGAAAGCGACGGAAUCGUAUGUACUCACAUUAUCUCUUAUUUGAUGAAAUUUGAUGUUGAAAUAUUGCCCGAUAAAUACAUCUUAUUGAGGUGGACUAAGUCUGCAAAAUCGGGGACAGUUCAUGAUGAUAAAGGCAUGCAGAUAACCCCUGAUAAUCCUUAUCUUUUAACGCGGAGUCAAUUUAUCCAAUCAUCUUUGGAUUUAGUUGACAAGUCCCUCGUAUAUGAAGAAACAAGGGAGAUGUUUACCGAUGGAUUGCGUAUCAUUAAUGAGCAAAUUGAUCAAUUUCUUAGUAGCCACAUGGCUGUAAUGAGCUUCACUGAGAAAAGUAAUCCAAUAUGUAGUAAGAUAAUUACUGAGGGGACUAGUGCUCAUGGUUCUUGUAGUUAUGAAAAUAGUUUCAAUGAACCUGAUCAAGUGCGAGCAAAAGGGUGCGGCAAAAGGUUGAAAGGAGGAAAAGAGAAAGCAAUGACUAGAGCCAAAAAUAAAAAAGAUAGACGUUGUCACGGGUGUGGUAAAGUAGGCCAAUCACAUGAUAAGCGAAAUUGUCCGGCACUCACAAAUCCGUUUUCUACAUGCGGUGAUACAAAUUUGCAAGAGGGUAAUGAGUCAUCAAGUGAAGAUGUGGAUCUUUUUGAAGAUUAA